AAGGGCUCGGGGGUGCGCGGCGGAGGGAGCGUAGCCGGCGGCAGUGCCUCGGUCCGCCCGCGGGUCAUGGGGAGCUGUAACCCUGUGUGUAGUACCACCACUUAUGAAUUACAGCAGAUCACUGAAAGUCAGUGGUGCUAAUUGUGGCCACCACACCUACUGCUGCCACGGAGGGAGGCUGCUGUUGCAGAGGUCCGGGCUCACCUCUGCGUCGCUGCUGACAGCAGAUACCAAGAUACUCUGUCUUCUAACAGAAAAAGGGAAUUUGACUAAACUUCUGCUCCCGCUUCAGGAUCCUGGGAGAUGCCUCAUCCUCUGGAGCACCUUGAUUGGUUUGGGUCCCCACAACCCCAAGAAGAAGCAGGACCUAGAUAAGCUUUAUGAUCUAAAAGCUAAAGCCCAACAGAUUAUGAACCAGUUUGGCCCUUCUACCUUGAUCAACCUCUCCAACUUCUCCUCGAUAAAGCCGGAACCAGCCAGCACUCCCCCACAGAGCUCCAUGGCCAACAGCACCACUGUGGCAAAGAUGCCCGGCACGCCCAGCGGAGGAGGAAGGCUCAGCCCUGAAAGCAACCAGGUUUUAACCAAGAAGAAACUGCAGGACCUGGUGCGUGAGGUGGAUCCGAACGAGCAGCUGGAUGAAGAUGUGGAGGAAAUGCUGUUGCAGAUCGCUGAUGAUUUCAUAGAGAGCGUGGUGACGGCUGCCUGCCAGCUUGCACGGCAUCGCAAGUCAAACACCCUGGAAGUGAAAGACGUCCAGUUGCAUCUUGAGCGUCAGUGGAACAUGUGGAUCCCGGGCUUUGGUUCUGAAGAAAUCAGGCCCUACAAAAAAGCCUGCACUACAGAAGCUCACAAACAGAGAAUGGCAUUGAUUCGCAAAACUACCAAGAAAUAGCCCCUGGGAAGAGCCGGGAGAAGACGCCACUGCAUUUUGGGAUAUCUGCCUCUUCACUGAAGCCUCCACAAUGCCAUCCAUGGGAUAUUUUUUUUAAUGCUUUACAGAGAAGCAUAUAUUUUUUAUUAAUGGUGCAGCAAUAUCUUGACUUUAUGAGGAGAUCUGCCAAAAACAUUCUACGCCCCCUUCCUCAUUCCCCCUAAGAGUGCAACGUAUCUCAAAACAAAGACUUUUAUUUGUGACUUGAAAGUGGUUUAUCGUAUAAGUGAUUAUCCAAGGGACAGAGCAUUUGAUCUUGUGUGGGACAGUAUUAGAAGCAUCUGUAGAGGUUUUUGUUUCCUCCUUCCUGCCCCUACCUGCUCCAGUACUUUGUAAUGUCAGUGUUUCUAUAAAUACUUGCGUUUGUUUUACAUGAAUAAAGAAAUUAUUAAUCUAAAA